AUGUCGAUAAGAAAUUCGUCUUUUGAUAGUGUUCUUCUAUUUGUUACAUUCAUAACAAUCUCUCUUGCCCAGAGUACUACUUCUUCUCAAUGUAUCCCUUUUUCCUGUGGCGAUAUACUAGAAAUAGAAUUUCCUUUCCGAUUGAAGUCUGAUCCCGAGCAUUGUGGCAAACAUGAAUACAAACUUGAUUACCAGAACAAUCAAACCAUCUACACUUACAAGUCCAGAAAAUUCUACGUGCAGGAUAUUAAUUACAGAAGCUACAUGAUAAGGCUACUUGAUCCUGGCCUAAAAGAUCAGAAUGAAAAUUGCUCUGUUUUCCCUGAUUACAGAGCAAAUUACGGAGGCUUAACUAGCGAAAUCUUCCAAUUGAUUCAUAUUAACAAUAGAAUCAACUAUGUCAACUGUCGAACUCCUAUCAACUUGUCACAAUGCAUUCCAACAACUUUUUGUAGAACAAAUACAACGGCAUCCAACGCCAAUUUUAGUUAUCUUGUCUUAAAAGAAAUAUGGCUAGCCUCGGAUUUAGCAAACGGUUGCAAAGUUGAAACUGUGGCAUGGUCUUCAGCUCCAGGUAUUUUUACAAACAAGUCACCUUCGUUAGCAAGCACUCAUCAAGCCCUGGCUUAUGGCUUUGAGGUUUCAUGGAAGUACGGUUUGCUAUGCAGAGAGUGUGAAGCGAGUGAUGGAUCUUGCUAUCUUGAAGACAACAGCGAUGUUGUAACUUGUAUUCAUUAUUGCAAAGAGGGCACUCCCGUUUCUGAACGUUCUUUCCGAUGCAAAAUCGAGUACUAUUCUUUUUUUGUAUUGUUCUAUGGCGGAAUAGGAAUAGGUGCAAUUAUGGUGUUGAGCUUUCUUGUGGGAAUCCCAAUUUUGAUUGCAGUUGUAGUGUGGCAGUGCAAAAGACGGAAUUUGAACAUAUCGAAUGAUAAUGGCUUGGAGGAUAAAGCUUCUUCCAGUGAACAGAAUUGUUAGGA